AUGUUAUCUAUUAAUUCUUUAUAUUUCUUAUUAUAUCUCGCUUUACCAAUUCUACUAUCUUCCUAUUGCAUUUCCAGAAGUACCAAGUCGUCAGAGAAAGCCAAAGACCAUAUCCUAUUCCUACCUAUUUUUAUACCUCCAAUUCCUCUCUUCUCUAGUUCCUUAUCUAAAUCCGCGAUAUACAAGUUAAAGAGAAGUGGACUCAUAACACAACCCUACCUCACUCCUUUCUUCGUCCAGAAUUUCUCCGUGUAUCCUUACCUCGUCCUCACCUUCACUCUCGUAUCUUCAUAUAUCCUCUCCACUCGCCUCGAAAAAAAUCAUAAUUUUAAUUGGGAUGAAGUAGAUAUUCUGGACAUUGAACCCUCUUAUAGUAGAAGGCUAAUAUCGGAAAUGGAGUACUUUGUAGCAAGUCGAUCAAUGAGCAUCAUACCAGUCGCUAUUGCUAUGGUGGCUACCUUCAUUUCUGGUUCUGGACUACUCGGAUUAUCCGCUGAGAUUUAUACAUAUGGAAUGCAAUUUGUUGUGAUAAUCCUGUCGUUUAUGUUAGGCACUGCGAUCACAUGUUACGGAUUCCUACCAGUAUUCUACAACCUACAAGCAACCAGCGUCUAUGAGUAUUUAGAAAAACGUUUCGGAGUAAGAACUAGGAUGAUAGCUAGUUUUGUCUAUUGGAUUCAACAGCUUGUCCAUUCAGGUUUGGUGCUUUAUGCUCCUUCUCUAGCCUUGGAGACGACCACAGGAAUCUCUAAAACUAUCAGUAUUGUUAUUGUUGGCCUUGUAUGUGCUUUCUAUUCGAGUAUUGGUGGUAUUAAGACUGUGAUAUUGGUUGAUGUAUUUCAAAGUCUGCUUAUAUUUAUCGCCGUCUUGUUAAUUAUUGGUAUAGCUGUAAAUAAUGUUGGAGGAUUGGGACAGAUUUGGGAAAUCGCGAGACAGGGACAACGACUCGAGUUUGACAGUAUUGAUUUGGAUCCAACAGUAAGAUAUACCUGGUGGUCUAUUAUGUUGGGUGGUUUAUGUACGUUUUUGAUAAUUGUCGGAGUAAAUCAAGUACAAGUACAGCGUAUGCUAACUGUAAAUUACCAGAGUCGUCCAUUACUCACAAACCCUCAGCAACAUACCGGCUACCGAAUACCAGCAACGGCACUGAUUGUGAGAUCCAGUACAAUCAAAGAGCAUCUCUUCAAAAAUUCUACCGAUAUGGAACCUGUUGACGGAAAUAGAUCUAAUUUCCGAGGUUCUCAAACCGCCAAUAGACCAAUACGGAUAGCAGUAGUCCAACCAAUAAUUAUUAGGCUCUCCGAGCAACCGACUGAGCUGCCACUCACCUAA